AUGCAGGGCAAGACAGACAUGUCUGCCAAGGGCGGCAAGGCCCUUGUCCAGUCGGACGCGGGGGCGUAUGUGGCGUGGUCGGGCGUCGACCAGCCGGAGCUUACUGCAGAGGGGCUCGGGUGUGGCUUGCUCGUGCUCAGGCCGCUCUCCUUCGCGCUGCCGCACUACGCCGACUCCCACAAGUUCGGCUACGUCCUCCUAGGCUCCGGGGUCGCCGGUGUCCUCCCGGUCGCCACGGGGAACGCCUCCUCCGCGGCCAGGGAGAGGGUCGUGCGCCUCGAGGUCGGCGACGUCAUAGCCGUGCGCACUGGGGAUGUCUCGUGGUGGUACAACGACAGCGACGGCGAUGCGGACGACCUCUCAAUCUUGUUCAUGGGCGACACGGAGCGCGCUGUCAGCCCGGGGGACAUUUCCUACUUCUUUCUCGCCGGCGGCAACAGCGUCCUAGGCGGCUUCGACAUGGGCCUCCUCGCCAGGUCAUGGCCUGGCGUGACGAAGGAGCAGGCCGCCGCCGUGUUCCGGAGCCAGCCAGCCGUCCUCCUCACGGGGCUGAGCACGAAGCUGCCCGGCGUCUGCCCGCGCGAGCACGACAGAAAAGGGCUCGUCGUGAACGCCGGACAAGUCGCUGCAGGGACCCUGGAGACGCUCACCGCGGCGGACCUGGCGGCGCUAGGGGACCUCGGGAUCAGCGCGGUGAUCGGCCGGCUCGAUCCCGGCGCCGCGUGCGCGCCAUGGGUGUUACGGGAGGGUGCGGCGCAGGCGGUGUACGUGGCACGUGGGAGCGCGGGUGCAGGUGUCUUCCUCCGCGGGCGGCGAGACGCUGCUGCUGGACGAGGAGGUCGCCGCGGGGAGUGUGUUCGUCGUACCGCGGUUCGCGGUGGCGCUCAUCUCCGCCGGCGCCAACGGAGCAGAGUGGGUGUCCCUGGUCAAGAGCGCCAGGUACGUAUAUGUGGAUUUCGGCAUUUCGCUAGCUUAUAUGUAAAAUGGCAAUCAUUACUCAUUAUGCUGUCGUGCUCGCAUGGCAGGCCCGCGGUGGAGCACCUGACCGGGGAUGGCUCGGUGCUCGGCGGCUUGACCGCGCAGGUGCUGCAGGCGUCGCUGAGCGUGGCGCCGGAGCUGGUGGAGCUGCUCGGAGGCCGCAGCGCCGAGCCGUCGCACUGA